AUGCUCGCCAAACUUCUCCUUGCUCUCCUUCCUAUCGUAGCUAUGGGUAUCUCUGUGAAACGUGAUACCCCAAGCGCGUACCUUAUCAAGACCGUUAACAAGCCGGUCCAGGGGUCAAUCAACGACUUUGAACAGAACUGGGCAGACAAAUGCGUAGACAUUGCGAGCCAAGAUCCUAGGGGAAACGGAACCACUAGUUUCUUUGAAUAUGGCAAUGCAGCGGGUGAAAACAAAGAUACCCAAGCCCAAGUUUAUUGUGUCGCUACCAAAGAGAAUAAUGGAAUCACCGACGAAUAUCCUUGGACGACCGAAGUUGCUAGUGCUCUCGGUGCCGAGAUUAUCGGAAACUAG